UCUAUUAUUAUUAUUAUUAGAAGCAAAUAAAAAUGCAAACGCGAAUAUGAACGAACAAUUUGUAAGUGCAAACGAAUCGAUGUUGUUAGAAAGAAUCAACAUGCUAGAAAAAACAAUUUCCGAGUGCCAAACGCAGAAAAAGCAAAAUGAGCGUGAAGUGCAAAUACAAAGCUGCCAAUCUCGAAGAGAGCCAGCUUUUCGUCCGUCGGUCAUGUCAUGCAACGAGUGCAAAUACAUGUGUGUCGACGUCUUCUACGCAUGCGCCGCCAGCUAACGUAGCAUUAUCAUACAUACAUACACCGCGAAUGUGCACUACCACACAAGCACCGUAUGUGCCAAUGGCUAGUAAUGGAAACCCGUAUAUUCAACGUACACAGUUCGAACAGAGUUCUUAUUGGAAUAGUGAGAAUGUUCAAAAUGUAAAUAACACUCCACACGUAAAUUUUGCAGAGGCACAAGCGCAAGCGAAUGGUACAAAUAGUUUUAUGAAUACACGAUUUUAUAACGAACAAAAUAUGCGAAACGAUGUGCAACCGAAUAGUAUCUACGCUUCAUAUUAUCCGAACUAUCCAUUUGCAAAUGCCUAUUUACAAAAUCCGUUUAGCAAAGUGAGUGAAGUGGUUACCCUUUUACCCGAAUUUGACCCGUCAUCCGAGACAUCACUAAAUGCGAAUCAAUUUGUAAAGAGAAUUGAAAUGUUACGUGCCGCGUACCAAUGGGGUGAUCAAGUACUCUUAUUUGCCGUGCAACAAAAACUGAAAGGUUAUGCUAAAUUCUGGAUCGACGGCCAGUGCAUAUUUAAAUCGUGGUCAGAAUUCGUCGCGAAAUUCUGUGCUGAUUUCUCAAGGAAUGAGAACGUCGCUGAUAUACAUAUUAAAAUGAACUGAACUCGUCGGCAGCGUAACGAAACCCCACAAGAAUAUUAUUUUAAAAUGGUUUCGAUUGGGAAAAAAGGUGGGAUUUCUGAGUCCGGUAUCGCGCGUUACAUUGUAAAUGGCAUUAACGAUUCAGAUCUGCGUAAAAAGAUCUCGAAUGAAUACGAAAACUGUAAUAAGUUGUUACGCGAUAUUCAAAAUUAUUCGGUGUACAAUGAAGUAAAAUACGAACCGCUUAACUAUAAACCGAAAAUCGUCGAAAAUAUGGCUGCGUAUAAAAACCAAUCGAAAAAUGUUGAUGAACGCGGAAUAUCAACAAACGCUAAAGUAGGUGAACGUGAAAUACCUAAAUCGAUAAAAUGCUAUAAUUGUUUAAAAGCGGAACAUAUUUCAAUAAAAUGCCCACAGCCGCAGCGAGCGGAAAGAGGUGAAACAUGUAACCGUACAGGCCAUAAAGCAGCAAAUUGUAAACAACCAAAAGAUAAAACGAAUUCAAAUACUAAAGUUAAUAAAAUUAAUGACGAUGAAAUAAA